AUUUUAAGAUGGCGGCGACGGCGGCGCGGAAAACAAUGGGGCCGGGGCGGCGGGGACAGGCCGAAGCCUGAGGUGGGCAGCGAGCGCCGGCCCGGGUUGGGCCGAGCGGGGCCAGAGGAAGACCCGCCGCCGCGCGCUAGCCCGCUCCGCAGCCCGCGGGGCCAUGGCGCGGCCGUGAGGCGGCCGGGCCGCCGGCGGGGAGCGGAGCCCGCAGUGCCAGCCGGCCCCGAGAGGCCCGCCCCGGGCCCGGCCCGUGCAGCCCGCGGCCCAUGGUGCUGCCCACCUGCCCCAUGGCGGAGUUCGCGCUGCCGCGGCACAGCGCGGUCAUGGAGCGCCUCCGCCGGCGCAUCGAGCUGUGCCGGCGCCACCACAGCACCUGCGAGGCCCGCUACGAGGCCGUGUCGCCCGAGCGCCUGGAGCUCGAGCGCCAGCACACCUUCGCCUUGCACCAGCGCUGCAUCCAGGCCAAAGCCAAGCGCGCCGGCAAGCACCGGCAGCCGCCCGCCUCGGCCGCGGCCCCGGCCCCGGCGCCCGCCGCCACCCCGGCGUCCGCCGCGCCGGCCUCGGCCCCGCGACUCGACGCCGCCGACGGCCCAGAGCACGGCCGCCCCGUCGCGCAUCUCCACGAUACGGUGAAGAGGAACCUCGAUAGCACCACCUCUCCUCAGAAUGGCGAGCAGCAGAAUGGCUAUGGAGACCUCUUUCCUGGACACAAGAAGACCCGGCGUGAGGCUCCUCUGGGUGUAGCCGUUGCUUCCAAUGGCCUGCCCCCGGCCUCCCCCAUGGGGCAGCCUGACAAGCCCGGCACCGAGGCACUGCAGGUUGGCAGCAAGCACUCCCUGGGGCUGGACUCCCUUAGCAAGAAGUGUCUGGCAGAUGCGAGCCUCCACUUGAACGGGGGCAGCAACCCCGGGGAGCCCUUUCCUCUGAGCCUGAAUAAAGAGCUGAAGCAAGAGCCCGUCGAUGACCUGCCUUGCAUGAUCGCAGGGGCCGGGGGCUCUAUAUCUCAGAGCAACCUCAUGCCUGACCUCAACCUUAAUGAGCAGGAGUGGAAGGAGCUUAUCGAGGAGCUGAACAGGUCAGUGCCCGAUGAAGACAUGAAGGAUCUGUUUAAUGAGGACUUUGAAGAGAAGAAAGACCCAGAGUCAUCUGGGUCGGCAACACAGACCCCAUUGGCACAGGACAUUAAUAUUAAGACAGAAUUCUCUCCGGCAGCCUUCGAACAAGAACAGUUAGGCUCUCCACAAGUGAGGGCUGGGUCUGCAGGACAGACCUUUAUGGGGCCUUCAGCUGGCCCUGGCAGCACAGAGUCACCCAGCCUGGGGGGCGCUCAACCUCUGUUCCACGCCUCUGGUCAGCCCGGGGCUGACAACCCCAGUCCCACCCUGAUGCCAGCAUCAGUGCAGGCCCAGAAUACCCCAAGAGCCCUCUCUGGUGUGGUGUUGCCCAGCCAGGGCCCGGGAGGGGCCUCGGAGCUGUCCUCUGCCCACCAGCUGCAGCAGAUUGCUGCCAAGCAGAAGCGCGAGCAGAUGCUCCAAAACCCACAGCCGGCCGCCUCUGCACCAGCCCCAGGCCAGAUGUCCCCAUGGCAGCAGACAGGCCCCUCCCACAGCCCCCUGAACGUCCCUUAUCCCUUGGAGAAGCCUGCCAGCCCUCCCGGCUACAAGCAAGACUUUACCAGCCCCAAACUGCUUAUGAUGCCCGGAGUGAACAAGAGCUCCCCGCGGCCCGGAGGCCCCUACCUCCAGGCUGGCCAUGUGAACCUGCUGAGUCACCCACCGUCAAGUAACCUGAAUCAGAGCACCGUGCCUAGCCAGGGCUCAGUGCUGGACUACGGCAACACCAAACCCCUGUCUCAUUACAAAGCCGACUGCGGGCAAGGCGGCCCCGCGUCCGGCCAGAGCAAGACCGCCCUCAUGGCUUACCUUCCCCAGCAGCUGCCUCAUCUGAGCAAUGAGCAGAACUCCUUGUUUCUGAUGAAACCAAAGCCAGGAAACAUGCCCUUCCGGUCACUGGUUCCACCUAACCAGGAGCAGAACCCGCCCAGCGUCCCUGUGGCUGCCCCCGCAGGUGGCGUGGGGAGCCAGCCACCCGCGGCAUCUGCGGCCAGCACGCGCAGCAGCGCCCCCUAUCUCAGCAGUCAGCAGCAGGCGGCAGUCAUGAAGCAGCAUCACUUGCUUUUGGACCAGCAGAAACAGAGGGAGCAGCAGCAAAAGCAUCUGCAGCAGCAGCAGUUCUUACAGAGGCAGCAGCACCUUCUGGCAGAACAGGAGAAGCAGCAGUUUCAGCGGCACCUGACACGCCCACCUCCCCAGUACCAGGACCCAUCCCAGAGCACCUUCCCCCAGCAGGUUGGACAGUUCCCAGGGUCCUCUGGUGCUGUGCCUGGCAUGAACAACUUGGGGCCAUCUAACUCCAGCUGUCCUCGAGGGUUCCCUCAGGCUGGGAAUCUGAUGCCAAUGGGCCCUGGACACACUUCGGUUUCCUCUCUCCCUUCAAACUCAGGCCCGCAGGACCGGGGUGUGGCUCAGUUCACUGGCUCCCAAAGCCUGCCGCAGGGCGGUCUCUACGGCAUGGCCUCCGGCAUCACCCAGAUCGUUGCCCAGCCGCCGCCACAGGCCACCAACGGACAUGCCCACAUUGCACGGCAGACCGGCCUGGGCCAGAACACCUCUGUCUCCGCUGCCUACGGGCAGAACUCUCUGGGGAACUCCAGCCUCUCCCAGCAGCACAAUAAGGGGACUAUGAACUCUGGCUUAACCAAGCCACAGGUCCCAAGGGUGUCAGCCACUGUGGGAGCCCAGAACGCCUCGUGGCCACAUCAGGGCCUGCCAAACUUGAGCAGCCAGACCCCGGGGAGCAGCACCGUGAGCCCCUUCACGGCAGCCUCCAGUUUCCACAUGCAGCAGGCCCACAUGAAAAUGUCCAGCCCCCAAUUCUCCCAGGCGAUGCCCAGCAGGCCCAUGGCCCCCAUGAGCUCGGCAGCCGCGGCGGGGUCCAUGCUGCCCCCAGUGAGUGCGCAGCAGAGGACCAGUGCCCCCGCCCCAGCACCUCCCCAGGGAGCCCCACAGCCAGGCUUGCCGGGCCUGAGCCCCGGUGGGCCUGAGCUGGGGGCCUUCAGCCAGAGCCCGGCACCACCCAUGGGAGGCCGGGCGGGACUGCACUGCACUCAGGCAUACUCUGUGCGGACCGCGGGCCAGGAGCUGCCCUUUGCCUACAGCGGGCAGCCGGGGGCCAGUGGGCUGGCCAGCAUGGCCGGAGAUGCCGACCUGAUCGACUCCCUGCUGAAGAACAGGACUUCGGAAGAGUGGAUGAAUGAUUUGGAUGACCUUUUAGGGCCUCAGUAACUGGAGGGUUUGCAGUGUUCUCGGUGUUCGUACAGCCUGUAUUUUUGUUCUCAGAUUCAAGAAAUAUCAACUACUUUGGACCAAAAGCUCGUGGCCCAGAGAACAGGGCUAAGGUGUGGGAUUGGAGCCCCAGGGCCGAAGCGGGCCCUGGCCAGGAUCUGCGGGGACCGCCCCCCCCCACCUCCAGCUCCCAGCCAGCAGUUGCGGUCCGUCGGGCUGGCCCCAGCCCCUCUGCUGGCAUCCACUGCCUGGUGUCGGGACAGCAGGACAGGGUUCUGCAGGUGGUUUUCUAUCUAAAUGACCAAAAAAAACCCCAAGAAUAAUGACGGUGAAACCCCACGAUGUGUGCCAUCGUGUUGAUAAUCCAAGAUUUCACCACUUGCCCCAAGGCUGGGGACAGGUUUCGUUGCAACUUUGUAUAGCAGAACCAUUCGCAAUUUGUAGCAUAGAAAAGAUUUUAAAAAAUGUUUUUAAAGAUUUGAAGACCGAUUAGGAUAGGUGGUGGUUUAAACUGAUUGGCAUUGGGAACUGAGGGUUUCCUUGUGGUCAAGAGCCUUUCUUAUUCCUGCUCUUUGUCUGCUUUUCAGGGGAGAGGGAGGGUCCCUGGGAGAUAAUUUCUGUCAGCGCAGCCUGUGACUGUAUGUGCCAAAAAGGAACAGGAUGCCACGAGGUGGCAGCGCUGGGAACACAGAUGUGGCCUCUCCAGCCACUCGCCUUCUUCCUCCUCCCACAGUGCUGCGCCCUCUGGGUCGACACUCAUGACUUGCCCCCAGGCUACGUGCUGAAAUGGAAUGUUUGGGGUGCCUGUGUCUGUGUCUUUGCCCUCCUUCUGCAGUUUCUCUGAAAACUGGGAUUUGCUGUAUCAGGAAGGUGAUCCUAGCUGAGCUGCGCGCAGAGGUCCUCACCUCGUCUCCAGUUCCUGUGACCUUCCUGCCUCCCCUCUUUGUUGCUCCAGCCCAAAUGGAAAACCUCUUGAAGGCAGUGUACCAGAUUGGUGGGGAGUCACUAAAAUCCCUUAGGGAGCCCCAGCGUUGUAGGUGGGAGGGCGUCCCCUCCCCAGAAGGCAAGGGUGCGGGGGAAGGAGGGAAAGCCAGGAGUGUGGGGGCCCCGAAGGGGGAGGGGUGCAGGCCAGGCUGGAGAAGAGAAUUCCACUUGGUUUCACCACUUUGGCCACUCUCCCACGCCAGAUGACUUGCACUUUUUGAAGAGAAUGGCUUUAUAACACUAAUAUAUCCUUCUCGGGAUUUGAGUGGAUGUCUCUCUGAAGGUCUAUGGACUUGACUAAGCUAAAAGUCCGCAAAACAGGAUUCCCUGUGGGCUGUUUCUGGACAACACAGAUGGAGAGAGCACUUGGGUUAGAAUGAAAGCAGAGUGGUAAGUGCAGGGUGAGACCCUUUUAAACAGUGUCGGAGAGCAGAGAGGACACUGAGAAGAGUGGCUUCCAUGCAGAGUGGUCUCGGGACAAACUGAAACCCCGUGUUUAUUUCCCUGGAGUCUCAAAGUAGAUGAUUCAAGGAGUGUCCUAUGUAAAGAAUUGAGCCAGGGAAGAUAAUCUGCGUGGGCAGCCUGAGUGGCUUUUGAGGGGACGAAGGGUUGUGCACACAGGGGUAAUUCUGCACCAGCAGUGCCUUUGCUGGGGGUACUUGGACCCUCAGAUCCUCUUCUCUAUAAUAGCCAUUUGCCACCUUGGGUGGUGUCUGGGCCAUUUCCCCUUUAAAUGCCCUCCCUUGCCCUCCCAGAUGCUGAAUUUAGCUUUCAAAGAAGGGAAUGAAUCAUAAAGCCAGUGAAGACUCCACCCUCUGCGUGAGUUCCCCAAUCUGAAGGGGAAGAGGGUGACUUCAGCGGGUUUUCUACCAAAAAUAGAGGGCUGAAGGCUGGUGAUGGGUCCUGUUCCUCUCCUGGUCUGCCUCUGGCUGCUCACCUCUGUCGCCUCCUGGGGAGGGCUGCCCCUGCCUUAGUCCUCGGGCCGCCAGACAGACAGCAGGCUUCUCGCUGCAGUGUCAGAGCAAUAAAAUGUGAUGCUUGGGGUCCCCCCAGGGAGCUGCCCGUGGCUUUAUUUAUGAAUCUGGUUUUUGGGGAGUCAGGGGAGGAGACGUCUCCGCUUCAGUGCAAAUCCCCUCUUCCAGGAGCCAUGACUCAAAAGAAGGGUGCUCGGACUUUGUUAUACACAUUUGCUUUGUGUAAAUAAAUGUUUACAAUUUUAUAUUAAAGAGGAAAUAAGCGUUAGAGUUUCUGACUGUAUAUUUUUUACUUUUAUAGAUUUUAAAACUAUGAUCCUUUAUAUAUGUGUUUUGGGGGAGUAUGAUAAGUUUUAUGGCAAACAGUUGGUAUUGUUAACUUUUUAUUGUCAUCAAAGUACAUAAAAAUCCCAUUAAUUCCCUUAUUCUUCUACUGCCCUUAACUCUGGUAUACACCAAAAAGAAAUCUUUACUUUCCUUCUUUUAUCAUUAUAAAAUAAUAAAAGUAUUUUGCUAGUAUGGAAA